AUGUCACAAUUUGAGGGACCAAAGCUAACCAUUAAGCGUUCAGUACCCUUACUUCAGAAGCUACACGACGCGCACGUUCAUAAGGUCCUCCCGCAGAACAUCGAGAGGAUGGGUGCAGAGUUUGUCGGGUAUGGCAGCAUCGCGCGCCGGAGUCGGGAGCUUGCGGAGUGGCACCGCAACUCCGAUUACUCUAUCGUGCACCCCCCAAACAGCAAGAUACCAUGGAACGUGCCAGGGCAUGUACCAGCAGGACUUCGGGUGUUGAAGACUCAAAAAUACGAGGUCCAGGGUGAGAUAUCUGUGACAUGUGCAGCCAAGUAUUUGUCUUUCGCGAGCGAAGCAGACUUUCUUUCGUACGUGGACAUUGUUGUACCAGAUAUUGUUGGUCCAGCCAUUGAUAUCAUGCACUACCAUGGUAGACGAGAAAAGGACAAGAUCAAUACGUAUUCCGAUACCUCAUUUGCUUUGCUCCUGAGCGCGCAGAAUCAAGAUCUUAUUGACCAUACUCAGAAUCAGAAGGUACACAGUGUCAGGCUGCGCUCAGAACUAUCUCCUUAUACAAACGAGCCAAUGCGUCUCCUCGAAUUCUUUCGGGAGAAUACUGCCGUACGCGAAUGGCUUGCGACUCUGGCUACACUUCUCACCGAGCCGAAGCUGAUCCUGACUAAUAUACCGGUCCCCCCUGGAUGUAUCGUCGAGCGUGAGGAGUAUUUGCGGCGCCCGUUAUUUAUACUUCCUCAUGCUGUUCAAAUCAUCGUCUUUGCACCUGUCGAUUAG